AUGGGUUCUUUCUCUCUUUGCUCUAACCUUCAAUCACUUCACGCUUCAAAGCUCCAAUCUUCAUCCAAUUCUCUGUUUUGCUCCCAGUCUAACACAAACCCAAAACGCUUAUGCUUCUUAAACAAAACUUCCAAUUCCAAAAUUAAGCUGACACUCUGUUUAUCUUCUCCAAAGGAUUCCGUUGCUUCCAAUGAUCCUCCUGGAGACGGCAACAUCCCAAACAAUUUCUGCAUUAUAGAAGGACCAGAGACUGUUCAGGAUUUUGUUCAGAUGGAGCUGCAGGAAAUCCAUGAUAACAUUAGGAGCAGGCGCAGUAAAAUUUUUCUCCUGAUGGAAGAGGUGAGGAGGCUAAGAGUACAACAACGGAUCAAGAACAUGAAAGCCGUUGAUGAGACCCAUGAAGAGGAAAAUGAGUUGCCAAAUAUCCCAUCAUCAAUUCCCUUUCUUCCUCAUGUGACGCCGAAGACAUUGCAGCAGCUUUAUCUUACAAGCUUUUCAUUUAUAUCUGGAAUUAUCGUUUUUGGUGGCCUCGUUGCACCUAUUCUUGAGCUGAAAUUGGGUUUAGGAGGUACCUCAUAUGAAGAUUUUAUACGCAACAUGCACUUGCCAAUGCAACUAAGUCAGGUAGAUCCUAUUGUGGCUUCGUUUUCUGGUGGGGCAGUUGGGGUUAUUUCUGCACUGAUGCUAUUAGAAGUUAACAAUGUUGAGCAGCAAGAGAAGAGGAGGUGCAAGUAUUGCCAUGGAACUGGAUACUUGUCAUGUGCCAACUGUUCUGCAAGUGGUAUGUGCCUGUCCAUUGAACCUAUUUCUGUGACCAAUCCUUCUAGUAGUCCAUUGCGUGCACCAACUACUCUAAAGUGUGCGAAUUGCUCGGGUUCAGGAAAGGUAAUGUGUCCGACAUGCCUCUGCACAGGGAUGAUGAUGGCAAGUGAGCAUGAUCCCCGGAUAGAUCCAUUCGACUUGAACUAG